AACCGCGUUAUUUUUUGAUUCUCACUUUUUUAUCAAUCAAGUAUUAUAAAUAUACCUUUCCCAAGUAGAAGAUUGCUAAUAAAUCUUGAAUUAAAGUUGCGUAUAUUGAUGCGGAGUUGAAGUAUUCUUAAAAAUACUGGUGCAAACGAUAGAAAAUAUAGAAGUAGCAACAUGUCAGACGAAUCAUAUCCGAAAACUUUGUAUGUUGGUAAUUUAGAUCAAUCAGUCACUGAGAACUUAUUGGUUGCUCUCUUUGGACAAAUUGGAAUGGUGCGAAAUUGUAAAAUCAUUCGAGAAACAAACACCUCAACCGACCCUUAUGCUUUUCUUGAAUUCGAUAAUCACCAAUCUGCGGCAACAGCACUUAGUGCAAUGAAUCGACGAGUCUUUUUGGAAAAGGAGAUGAAAGUUAAUUGGGCCACAAGUCCUGGCAAUCAGCCAAAAACCGACACAAGCCAGCAUCAUCAUAUUUUUGUUGGUGACCUUAGUCCUGAAAUUGAAACAGAAACUUUAAGAGAAGCUUUUGCUCCUUUUGGAGAGAUAUCUAAUUGCAGAAUUGUCCGCGACCCUCAAACAUUGAAAUCGAAAGGCUAUGCUUUUGUAUCUUUUGUAAAGAAGGCUGAAGCAGAAAAUGCAAUAACAGCGAUGAAUGGACAGUGGUUAGGGUCUCGUUCGAUUAGGACUAAUUGGUCAACUAGAAAACCUCCACCCCCCAAGGAAGGAAAUGUCAAAAAUUUUAAAGGAGGUUCUAGUAAGGUGCCUUGUUACGAAGAUAUCUUCAAUCAAACCGGUCCUACUAACACAACUGUAUAUUGUGGGGGAUUUCCUGCGAAUGUGUUGGCAGAUGAAAUAAUUCAUAAACAUUUUAAACAAUUUGGAAACAUUCAAGACAUACGAGUCUUUAAAGAUAAAGGCUAUGCAUUUAUUAAAUUUACAUCAAAGGACUCUGCGACAAAAGCCAUUGAAGCAACACAUAAUUCAGAGAUACAAGGAUAUUCCGUUAAAUGCUUCUGGGGAAAGGAGAAUGGUGGUGAUGUAAAUAGUAGUAUGGUAACAGGAUACAACGGAAUGAUACUCACUUCUCCUUCAACCAAUAACACCGUAAGUAGUCCAGGCAUUACAGCAGGACCCACUCAGACACUAGCACCUCAACAUGCCCCACAAUUUUCACCGUAUUCAUAUCAACAAAUGGGUUAUUGGUAUCCUGGGUAUCCUACUCAAAUGCAAGCUCAGUACAUACAACAAAGCUACUACCCUUAUGCGUAUGCCUCACCGCAACAAGGAACAGCAGGGUAUAGAAUGAUGCAACCUACCACCUGGAAUGCGAAUGUGACAACAUCAAAUAAUUCAGCGCAACCACAAAUGAUGUAUUCAGCAAUGCCUCCAUUUCAAACCCAAUAAGAGCAAUAAAAAAAGAUAAAAAAAAAGUUCGGAAGACACAAAAAAAUAUAUGCUAUAUGAUGUUUGAUCAAAAAAUUUAAUUAUCUGGUAUCUCAUUGAAAAGUACAUUUCAAACAAAGGUUUAAAGAAAGGAAAGCAAACUGAAAAUCUUGUUUGUAUCAAGUCUUUUGUUAAUUAAAGGGAUACUAAACUAA